UUCGUAGCAAUUUGUCAUCUAGUAAAACUGUCACCGCGAGUAGCUUGAGCCGUGUUCCGGGCGAUGAAAAUGGAAAAAGUUUGAGUGAUGUGGAACUUGUUAAUUUUCUUUGAAAAUCGUCGACCUUAAAGAAAAUGAAGCUGCUCGUUGAAAAAGUGUUACUUUUUGCUUUCAUAAAAAUUGUGACUGACCAAAGUUUGUUCGUGGCGGUUGCCGAAGAAAAGGAGUUCCAAAUGAUUAACCUCUACGAAGAGUUGGAGAAAAACGAAAACUAUUCUCGCGUCAGUUAUUACGUUGCCAGCGAUCGAAGUUCGGUCCAGUGUGGAGGAGUGUUCAAAAGACUUCAAACCGAGCUGCUCUCCCCUGGAUAUCCGGAUAACUACGGAGACGGGCUACGAUGCGAAUAUACCUUUAAGUCUCCGUUUGUGUGCAGCAGUCAGUAUCACUUCCAAUUUCUAGACUUUGGUUUGGAACCAUCGAGAAACUGCUAUAAGGAUCGAUUAGUUGUCGGUGAUGAAGAGGUCCUUUGUGGAACGGUGAUUGGAUCGAAAAAAUACAAUUCUUCGAACGGAAUUUUGAAGGUUAAGUUCGUAACCGACGGUUGGGGUAGUGAUCGAGGUUUUCGCAUAGUCGUCACAAGACAACCAUGUGAAGAUAACGAAGCGGUUGAAUCGUCCACGGCAUUCACAGUUUAUACAACAAUUCAAGUUGCAGAGGAAACCACUCCUCCAAACAUUGGCUUGGAGAAUGACCUGUUGCCACCCAACAAACCUUUCGCUGUGAGCAACCGACAAGAUAUUCCACCGGAGUUCAAUCCUGGUAACAACGGAUAUUUACCACCAGUGACUUCAAGGCCUCAGUUUUACCCCAUGAAUGUUUGUCCUCAACCGUGUAAUUUUUAUUUUAAUUGUUACCCUCAUUACCCUGGAUCGGUACAACCAUCGUAUCCGACUUACCCAAACUAUCCCGUUUAUCCAGGCGCUAUUUUGCCAAACUACCCAGGAGCCCUCUUUCCAAACAACAAUUUUCCAAUAUAUCCCAGCUAUCCCAGCAUACCAAACUAUCCUAAUAUCACCUGUCAAACUAAUCCAUCCGCAUGUCAACCUAAUUAUCCUACCUAUCCAACAUACAACGGUGACGGAACCAAUUCCAUCGGAGGAGCUCCUCCGGGAUAUCAGCCAUCCAUCCGAGAACCGGAAAUCGCAGAAAAUUUCACAAACGAACAAUUUAUACCACAACCGCCAUCGGGAAGUCCUCCGUUUGUUCCGGCUUUGCCUCGCUGCUGUCGGAAUGCUUUCAAUCAAAACCGAUUCUAUCUGGUCAGCCCAAACUUUCCGUCCGUUCAAACACCGAACACGGAUUGUUACUACCAAGUUUUCCGCUACAACCCGAAUACCUGCCGGCUAAUCGUUUCCUUCAAAUAUUUCGUCCUCGGAGAUGAACGCACGGGAUGUAGCGAUGCGUUUUUGGAAAUCGAUGGUAGUCGAAUCUGUGGUUGCCGCACCGGAAUGGUCUACACGACCCAGUGGAACAAUCAACCCAAAACGAUCCGUGUCCGAAGCCGGUUCAAUCGGUUCGCCAAUGUGCAGGGAUUUGUGUUGGAUGUCUAUCAGGAAACAUGUCCCUACCGGUACAUCCGUAGUCAACAACAACAACAACAACCGUCGGCUCAGGAUAGACACUGGAGUGGGGAUGGGCAAGUUCAACCUGUGUCACCGGUGAACGUAACCACCAUUCAGACCAAAUCUAGUACGCAGCACACCUAUUACUACUACAACAUGGACCAGCCUAAGCCGGAUGAAACGAGAUUGGCUCCGACACUGGUUCAGCGGCACUCGGAAGGGCCAUCUUCUCGGUUCUUUUAUCCGAGCAACGUUAAUUCUUACGGUUCCUGUUCGUUCAACGGUCUAGAUUGGCUCCGGCUUAAGCUGAAUCCGCUGUGGAUCACCAAACCGGGGUGCUAUUAGGAACUGAUAUU